GUAAAACACUUUUCUUUCCUAUCAUUCAAAUUUGAUGUUGAUUUCAUUUUGAGCACACACACUUCAUGCGUCAUUAUGCGGCGUGUCUGCGGCAUUGCCACAGUUGCAGUUACCGGCGCAGUAAGCGUCUGUUGGCGACCUUUGACUUUGACAAGACAAUAAUUGAGGUGGACUCGUACAAGGCGCUCAGUCAUCUGCUGGCGCCGGAGCAGCGCACCGAUCAGUUGCAGGUGCUCAUUCACAAGUCCGGCUGGAUUGUGUAUAUACGGCGCGUGUUGCAACUGUUGCAGCAUCGCCGCUUGAGUGCAGUACAAAUUGGUCAAUUUGUUCGCCAGUUGCCGGCUGUGCCGGGCAUGUUGCAACUGAUGCGUCGCAUCGGUACGCAAUCCAGCACACAAAUGUGCAUAGUGAGCGAUGCGAAUCACUAUUUCAUUGGGCAGUGGCUGGCGGCGCACGGCUUAGCGGAAAUAUUCGAUGCCAUUUAUACGAAUCCGGCCGUUGUGCAGCCGGAUGGGAGCCUGCUAGUCGAGCCGUAUGAGCAGCAGACGCACUGCGACCAGUGUCCGCAGAAUCUGUGCAAAGGCGGUGUGAUGACCAGGCUAAUGAAUGACCCGACUGCACAAUACAAACGCAUCAUUUAUGUGGGCGAUAGCUGCAAUGAUCUGUGCGCCAUUCGCUGUCUGCGGACGCAGGACAUCGCCUGCAUUAGGCAAUGGGAGGAGCUGCAUGGGAAGCUGGCGGCUCAUCGGGAUGAGUUGAGCUGCUUGGUGAUCCAUUGGCGCGAUGGCCAUGACCUCGAAGAGCAGCUAUUCGCUAAUUGCAAUUCGUAUUUGUAGAAAAUAUAUAAAAAUAAAUUUGAUGA